AUGCAGGCUUCAGGGGGGAAUUCAAACACGUCGAACGAUCACGCCUUGAAAUCGAUAUAUUGGAGCAACAUGUCAAGUCAUUCGAGUUACAAGAACAGCGAUCACAAGGGCGCAGCAUUCAGGAUAAACGACAAUUCAUGUUUCCAAGAGGUGAAUAGCCAUAGCACUGCAACACCUUUGGCCGGGAAAGACGUUGACAACAAUACAGCGUCCAACGAUGAUGAUUCGGAAGUUGCACAGAUCACUGUUAGCCUUGCUAGUCUUGUUCAAUUGCCUACUGAACCUGCUGUUGAAGUGGAAAUGAUUGAAUGCACCCUGCAAGAUUUGGUGAAUGGGGACACGAGUGAAACAAUCCAAAACGUCCUCAGAAAUCUAAGAGGCGAGCAUACACAAAAGAGCAAUGUCAAUUCUACAACAGAAGAGGAAACGAAAGGUCACCAAGCUGAAAGGACGUCUAUAUCCCAUGGGCAACCGUUUAUUGCUUCAAGAGACGAGGAUGAGAUCAAGAAAAGAAUGAUUGAAAAGGCCAAAAGGAUCAAUGGUGCAAAGUUGAAUGCAUUUGCUCUCAGUUUCGUUCCUUCAUCUUCACACGAGUCGCCUUUAGUUCAUGAUGAUGGUCUUUCUGCAACGGGAAAUCCGGACACCACAGGAAAUGAGAUUGACUCUUUUAUGCCAUCCAACAAAUUGAAUCCAGCAGCACCGUCUUUCGUACCUCAUUUCAUCGGAACUAGCUAG